GUUAUCUCUUCACCAAAUGCUUUAAGCAAAGUUCAAAUGACUUGUUCUUGUUCAGCGGCUGUACCACCAGGUUGCACAUGUGACGCGGCUAUACCACCAGGUUGCACAUGUGACGGUAUAAGACAGGUUUGUCCUGACGCAUGUUACUACUCCUGUGAAAAGCAGGAGGAACUCAAAGGUUCAGAUGCUAAGAAGAAAAAUGAGUACAAAUUUAUUAUACCAAAUGAAUUAGCCACAACUACCCAGGAACCAGAUCUAUCACUAAUGCCCUAUAAGCAAACUAAAUCUACUCUUUUUCCAACUCCAGUAGAGGUUCCAUCUGAACCUAAGUAUUGA